CUGAGUGCCCCCGGCUGGAGGGAAGCAUUUUCUAAAACGCCAGCUGCAAACAGUUCUCGGACCAACGGGCAGAGCAAGCAACCGUCCAAAACAGCUCCAUGCUGAAUACUGCCAGCUCUCGUCCAUCUGUUUUCGCUUCUUUCUUGCGUUGCAGGAAUGUCAAAGAAAGAAGGGAGCCGCAUCCUGGCACAGUGAGUACGUGCGUUUUAUUAUUUUGGACAUCAAGUUGGAAAACGCCAAAAUCCUCCUGGCCUCUGUAACCUACUAAAUCUGUAUAUGCACCUCAGACUGCUGGCUACUCUUUUCAUGGUUGAAGUGUUUUGGGCACAGGAUUGCCAGAUCUAGCAAAUAAAAGUACGUCAGAAUUCCGAGUUGAAUUUAAAUCUUAGAUAAACAAAUAAAAUUUUUAUAUAUGGAUGUGUCAGGCAAUAUUCAGGACAUAUUUACAGUAAAAAAAAAAAGGAUCCGUUGUUUACUUGAAAUUCAAAUUUAACUGGAUAUCCUGUAUUUUAUCUGGCAACUCCGGUAGCUUCCUAUUUUACCUUUUAUUCUUUUUUAAAGAUUUAUUUAUUUUUAGAGAGAGGGCAAGAAAGGGAGAAAGGGAGAGAAACAUCUGUGUGUGGUUGCUUCUCACAUGGACCCAACUGGGAACCUGGCCUGCAAUCCAGGCAUGUGCCCUGAGUAGGAAUCAAACUGGUGACCCUUUGGUUCCCAACCCACACUCAACCCACUGAGCUACAGCAGCCAGGGCUGUAGCUUCCUCUUUUGGAGGGAAAUGUUGGUACAGAACUCUAAUUUCCUUCCCCCCCCUUCCCCCAAGCUUUACUGAGAAAUGAUUGACUUACAAGAUUGGGUAAGUUUAGGCUGUACAACAUGAUAAUGUGAUAUGUGUUUAUACUGUGAAGUGUUAACCACAAUAAGGUUAGUUACCACAUCCUUGGCCUCACAUGAAUGCCAUUUGGUUGUUGUUCGUUGUUGCUAUGGCGAGAACCUUAAGGCUCUAUUCUCACAGCAACUUACAAGUAUACGAUGCAGCGUUAACCGUAGCCACCCCACUGUACAUCAGACUCUCUGGGACUCACUCAUCUUGGAACUGGAAGUUUGGACCCUUUGACCAUCAUCUCCCCAACUUGCCCACCUCUCGGUCUCUGGCAGCCACACUCUACUCUCUGUUUCUACAAGGUCAAUGUUCUUAGACGUCACCCAUAAGUGAGACCAUACAGUACUGUGUGUCUCUGACUUAGGUCAGUUCACCAUGCCCUCGAGUUCCGUCCACGUUGUCACAAAUGGCAGGAUUUUCUUCUUUCAUAGAUUUUUCUUAAUUAGAAGGGGGACAUGUGUUAAUUAAUGCAGGGAGCAAUUUGGAUUCUCAUUGACAACAUCUUUCUACAGUUCGUAAGUGUUUGUUUCUUCCAGAGAAAAAGAUAAUGACUCUGCCCCCGUGUAACACCAGUGGGCAGAGAAUCCAACUUUCAGUUUAGAUCACGGGGCAGGGGUCACGUGCCUUUGGGCUUCCUGCAUGUGACUGGCUGUGCGAAAAGCGGAGCUCUGGCAUAUGGGAAUUUCCUUGAUAUUUCCCGUGCUCGUCAUGCUCUUUAGGUAACGGCCCAAGCCCGCGCUCCCUACCUCCCCAGUUUGGGUCCCCAAGGGUUGUACAAAGCGAUAUUCGGAGGCUGCUGGUGCUCCAGCGGGAAGCCAGUCCCUAGGCACAGAGACCAGUACUUCCCAUGGAUAAGGAGCAGGGGGAGGGUGCCAGGGGGACCUCUGAGAACAAGAGGAAGAUGUGAGAUAACUCACUCAAUUGGUUUUCCUGGAAAUGAAGACUUUAUGUGGAGAAUUUGUAAUAAAACUAACCGAGGCACGGUACACCCAGGUCCAUAAAGUGCUUAAUCACCUUGUUGCUCUGUAACAGCUUUUCUCUUUAUGGGAGAAUUUACCAGCUUUUUAAUUUCCUUUAUUUGAUUAACAUUAGAAUUAACUGCUACAACCUGUGCUGGGCUCCAGCAAAGUGUUGUAUUUGCAAAAUUAUUAAGGGCGAUAGAUUUCUCAUCUGUAACAGCUUCAAGUUGUAAGUAGCAGACCACGCUUUUAAAGUUUUAUUUUUUAGGGGGGAUCAAAAGGAAUCUCUACUUCAGGAGGAAAACCACCACCAUAAAGAGUCAUCAUCGCUUCAAGACAUUCUUAUGGAAAAAUAUAUUAUUACAAUCUGUUUUUCUAAGCUCUUGAAGAAUUAGAAGAAAAAUGUUCAGCGCACUAUCAGAAACAAGAAAAUGCGCGAGUUUGACUCUAGCAAGUGCGCACAGUGGCUCCAAAGUGUGCAAGAGAAACAGGAUGAAUCCCUCUGGCUCAGAGGAAGGUGGAGGCAAGGAAAUAAAGAUGUUGAAGAAUGAUGUUGCUGGCCAUAAGCUAAAUGUGGAAGCCAUAAUCAAAAAUAUGAAUACAAUUUCUUUGGAGUUGAAGAAGAUGAAAGAGCUCUCCCAGCUGCUGCUCUGUGACCUCACUCUACAGUUUAAUCAUCCUGGGAAGCCGGAGGACCUCAAGGAGACAGUAGGAAACAGCAGCCCCUUGGAAGAGUUGAAAGUAUCAGAUGUGUCCCUUGCUUCUAACACUUCUCCCUAAUUUCUUAUUUG